AUGGCGGACGAAGAUUUCUCUCUGUCUCCUGCAACCUCCGCCUCGGCGCCCAGUCCCUCGGCGCAUUUCUACCCAUUCGCGACGUCUCCGGAUAUCAUUCGAUCCCAUGAAAAAGACUUAUUCCUUACCUCAAAUCUUGUACAGCAAGCUCAGAAUAUCAUCCGCUCACUCCGCGGAGCCCGAUUUGCCCAUACCUACUCCGAAACCAUCAAGAACCUGACCGAGAUCCUAUACUUUUCCCUGACUACCCUGAUCGGCAACCGAACGUUGGGGGAGGAAUACUGUGAUCUUGUCCAAUUGGAAGAUGACACACUUCAGCUCCCUUCUUUUAUCAGGCGGGCGGGAUAUAUUGUGAGCAGUAUCAUUGUGCCCUGGAUUCUUCAGCGGAUCCUACCAGCUUUCCGCCAGCGACUACGGGCGAAGCUGGAGCGGAGCAUCGCGCGGCAACAGCUUAAGGCCCAACAAGCCAGGGAGGGGACAAAGCCUAGCAGAAAAGACACAUCAAAGGCACCGUCCUUUUUCACGAAGUUACGAAUUCAAAAAUAUAUUCUGGAACACCUUGAUUCCGUCACGUCAUUGAACCCUGUCUACGCUGUGAGCAUCGCGACCUUUUACUUCACCGGCGCGUACUACCAUCUGUCGAAACGUCUUUGGGGCCUGCGAUAUGUAUUUACAAAGAAGCUUGAGGAGAAUGAGCAGCGGGUCGGGUACGAAGUGCUAGGAGUGUUGCUUGUCUUGCAGAUCGCGGUGCAGAGCGUGCUGCACGUCAAGAAAGUGGGGCUGAGUUUGCAUCAAGAAGAUCUUGAGACAGAGGCGACCCAUUCUAGGGGUCAGGAUGAUACGUUGAUCCACUCUAUUGAGAACCCGCCAACGCUACCGCUUCUUCCUGCCUCUGAUGCCCGGUAUGAUCUCUCAGAGGACUCCACUGCAAUCCCUUGGAUUCCCUCAGGGCAGCAAAGCAGGUGCACGCUUUGUUUAGAGCCCUUCAAAGACCCUAGUGUCACCACAUGCGGACACGUAUUCUGCUGGACAUGUGUGCGAGAUUGGGUACGCGAGAAGCCCGAAUGCCCCCUGUGUCGACAAGAUGUCUUGCUAUCUAAAGUUCUGCCUCUGAGAGGUUAG